AGCGCGUGAAAGGAUCACAGUGCGGAUCGAACAGACCUUUUUGAAAAGUUAAUGAAACCCGGUUGAAAAAAGCUACAAAAGUAAAAAAAAAAAAUACAAACUGCCUAUUAAAAAUUCUAGACAUUGUUUAAAAAAAAGUGUGAAUAUAUUCUAUAAUCUAAACAGAGCCAUUUCAACCAAUUAAACCAGCACAGGAAAUAAAACGUAAAUCAGCUUCUCGUGGCGCCAUUUAUUUGCAUAAUUAAAGCCGUUCGGUUAGAUGGUGGGCGAGAUUAGGAGUGGCUUGGAUGAUGGCAGUUUCUAAUUAGUAAUCAUCACAAGACAGGAGCUAAUCGGUCUGCAAUGAUGCAGGACACCGGCAGCCAAAUGGGGCAUACCCAUUUGAAUCCGCGGCCCCCUCUGAACGACACGGUCCUGAAGAACUACCAUCUCACCAGCACCGACAUCGAGAAGUUCGUGAAGCUGUGGCAGGAGUUCCAGAUGAAGAACAUGACUGCACAGGUGGAUGAAUGCCAGGGAUAUUGUCAGGGGGAAAUAUACAACUGGUUGCGGGCCUACAACAGCAUCCAUGGAUACGUGUCACUGAUGAUUUGCAUUUUCGGGACAAUAGCAAACAUCCUGAACAUAAUGGUCCUGACCAGAAAGGAAAUGGCCAAGACGCCCAUAAACAACAUUCUCAAGUGGCUGGCUGUGGCCGACAUGUUUGUGAUGCUGGAGUAUAUACCCUAUACAUCGUAUCAGUACAUCUACAUGGGGCCAGGUGAAAAGGAUUUGAGCUACACCUGGGCGGUUUGCCUGCUGGUCCACAUGCACUUCACCCAGAUCCUGCAUACGAUCUCCAUUGGACUGACAGUGACGCUAGCGGUGUGGCGGUAUGUGGCUAUCAGACAUCCGAACGGGGGCUGUGCCAACUUCCUGCUAGCACAUUCCCGGGAGGCGAUCCUCCUGCCCUUCAUCCUCUCGCCGAUCCUCUGCCUGCCCACGUACUUUGUGUUCCAGGUGCGGGAGACGUACGACGUGGACAAGCUCAACUCGGAGGCCAUGUAUCACGUCUACUUCGACAAGGACUCGGCGCUCUACAGAUUCAACUUCUGGAUACAUUCCGUGCUCAUCAAACUUCUGCCGUGCGGCAUACUAAUUGUGAUCAGUGCAGUACUCAUGCAUGUGUUGUGCGAGGCAUCGAGGCGUCGCUUGAAGCUGAGGGAUUACAACAAUCCUGCCAAGUAUGCCAUCCAGCUUAAUCUGAACGAAUCGAAAUCCAAGAAGCCGCCGCGCUGUGAUCGCCGCAACGAUCGAACUACCCUUCUGCUGGUUGCGGUGCUGGUUCUGUUUCUGAUCACGGAGUUUCCGCAGGGACUUCUUGGUCUGCUGUCCGGGGUGAUGGAGAAGUGCUUCUUCGCCCACUGCUAUCCGCCAUUUGGAGAGCUGAUGGACCUGCUGGCCCUGAUCAACGCCGCCGUGGGAUUCGUGCUGUACGGACUGAUGUCGAAACAGUUCCGGACCACCUUCCGGUCGCUCUUCAUGAAGCGGCACUUUGGCAGCACCGAAAUGACCAGGCUGACCCGUGUUACCACGACUUGCGUCUAAUUGGGCUUUAGAUGUGAUCCAUCCAUGAGGGUGGAUGAGGAAUGAAGUGGGUGGGGGACAUCCAAGAUGUUCUUGUCCGGCUUUGAAUUUGAAACCAUUUUCUAAACCAUGAACUUUAUAAAAGUUUCGCUAUCUUAAAUAACAACUAUGAGAAACUGUGAGUGUGGGACUAAUGAUCAGUUGAUCGGAUGAUUUCCACAAAGGUUUACUUUUAGAUAUAGAACUAAGGGGUUGACUGGCGCAUCGAUCGGUUUAGAAAUUGAUUCUGCUUGUGAUCUGGCUGUUUCGCAAAGUGCCAUUUCAUUUCCAAAUAAUUACACUUACGUUUUAUAUUUAAUACAUUUAUGAGUUUGCCAGUUGGUGUUUCAGAUUCGUAUUAGAACAUAAGUUUCAUAGGCUAAGUCAGUGCGAGCUGUACAAAAACGAGACAUUUACUUUUCCAUAAGAUGUAAAAACAAGAAUCCAUCAUCAAAACUGUAGCUAUGCCAAGAGGACUGAAGAACUCAAUGAGCCCCGAGUUACUCUUUCUUCUUAGCUGGAACUACGAGAGAAUUCUAUAUUGAUUGUGUGGCGUUAGCUGGUUUUCAACAAAGUGCCAAUGCAUUUUACAUUGGCUAAUUGAACACCCAUAUUUUGAGUACUUUUUAAGUCGCUUGUACUGUUUA